UGGAAUUGGUUGUAAUAAGAUCGGUUGUAGAAACAUUAAUUGUGACGCUACCAAAUAUCAUUCUGACGAUGAUGAUAGCGUUAUUUGUCCAAAUUCUUUAAUGUAUUUUGAUAGUGAUGUUUCUUGUUAUCCUGAAUUGAAUUUUUCAGAGUCUUCAACUCCUUAUUUAAGCCGAGGAAUUUCUAUGAGUCGUACCUCAUCAGCUUUAUCAAUGAUAUUUCCUCAUUUCAUUCCUUUUAAAACUGAGGAUUCUACAAGUACUAUUUUGGGAGACUAUGUUAACGUAUCUUUUAAAACCGAUGAUACUUCAAUUACCGAUAAUAUUGUUAAUGAAGUUCAAUCUACUGAGAUUCAUAUCAAUCCACACCUUCAUCAUUCAGAUAGAGAUUUUCAUUGGUUUAUUUCACAUGGAAAAAAACUUUCAUAUAUUUUUGGAGAAAAACUUUAUUAUAUUUUCGUUGGGUUAUUAAUUUUAUUUAUUUUAGGAUACAUUUUUGGUGGAUUUAAUUAUCAUAUCGAAGAAAAUUUUGGUACUGGUGUUACUAAAAAAAUAGAUGGUGCUGUGAGAGCUCAAGUUCAAGAAUUUGUUGAAAAAGAAAUGUUUAAGAUUUCAGAUACCAAAGAAAAAAAUGACGAUGAUGAUUCUGAUGGUUUGGUUGGUUUGGUUAGGAAACAAUUGAAUGAGGUUAUUCACGAGCAACUCGAAAAAAUGAUGGACGGUACAAGCGCUGACUAUGCACUUUACACAGGUGGUGCGCGCGUAAUUCCUCACUUAACAACACGUGACUACGAAGCGUGGCCUACUAAAUCUUAUCAAAUAUUGUGGGGAAUUCUCACUCGCAAAAACGUUAUAAAAAGUAACAAGGCUUCAAUUGUAAUAACACCAAGUGUUAACGUUGGUGAAUGUUGGUGUUUUAAUGGAACUAAAGGUCAAAUAGCUAUUCGCCUUUCUCGGAGUAUUGUAGUAACGCAUAUAACCUAUCACCAUAUUGGCCGACAAGUUUCUAUUGAUCCAAUCUCUUCUGCUCCAAAAGACUUUGAAUUAUGGGGUGUUAUUGAUGAUUACGAGGAUGUUGUUUAUUAUGAGAAUGACACAGAAGUCGUUGAAAAUGUGGAAAAAAAGGAAAGAAAAAAUGAUGUUGAAUAUUCUGAAGAUUUUGUUCACUUUUUAGGCGAAUAUCAAUAUGAUAUUUCUGGAAGAUCGGCUCAAACUUUUAACGUACCUAAAUCGAUUGCCAGUAAUAAUAAGAGGGUCAGAUCAAUUAUGAUGAAGGUGAAAAGCAAUCAUGAAAAUCCUAAAUUUACUUGUCUUUAUAGACUUCAAGUUCAUG